CUUCUAUGUCCUAACUUCAUAAUAUCUCCUGACUCCUAUUCUUUCUUCCCUUCUGCCUUCAGUCCUGAGAUUAUGAGGCUCUGGCCUCCACCAAUUGCUUACCUGUGACAUCCUCCACCACAGUGGAACGCCCCAGGCCCACCUCCUGCCGUGUGGUCAUCUACCUGCAACGGGAGAUGUCCGGAGACACCUGCUUGGCUGGCCUGUGUCCAGCCUCAGGGUCUAAGCCCAAACCAGGAGGCUUCAAGGGCGGUGGGCUGGGCAACAAAUACAUCCAGCUCAAUGUUGGGGGCUCUCUUUACUAUACCACGGUUCGCGUGCUCACCCGCCAUGACACCAUGCUCAAGGCCAUGUUCAGUGGGCGCAUGGAGGUGCUCACUGACAAGGAGGGCUGGAUCCUCAUAGACCGAUGUGGGAAGCACUUUGGCACCAUUUUGAAUUACCUCCGAGAUGACACCAUCACUCUUCCCCCAAACCGGCAAGAAAUCAAGGAGCUGAUGGCAGAAGCCAAAUAUUACCUCAUCCAGGGGCUGGUGGACAUGUGUCAGGCAGCACUGCAGGAUAAGAAGGACUCCUAUCAGCCUGUGUGCAACAUCCCCAUCAUCACAUCCCCAAAAGAGGAGGAGCGACUUAUUGAAGCCUCCACUAAGCCUGUGGUGAAGCUACUUUAUAACCGAAGCAACAACAAGUAUUCCUACACCAGCAAUUCCGAUGACCACUUGCUUAAGAACAUUGAACUGUUUGACAAACUCUCUCUCCGCUUCAAUGGCCGUGUGCUCUUUAUUAAGGAUGUCAUUGGAGAUGAAAUCUGCUGCUGGUCUUUCUAUGGCCAAGGCCGGAAGUUGGCCGAGGUGUGCUGCACCUCCAUUGUCUAUGCCACUGAGAAAAAGCAGACAAAGGUAGAGUUCCCAGAGGCUCGAAUCUACGAGGAAACACUCAACGUCCUGCUCUACGAGACACCCCGAGUCCCUGACAACUCUUUGUUGGAGGCUACAAGCCGCAGCCGGAGCCAGGUGUGCCCUGGUGAGGAUGAGGAGGCCUUUGAACUACGGGACCGAGUCCGUCGCAUCCAUGUUAAGCGCUACAGUACCUAUGAUGAUCGGCAGCUCAGCCACCAGUCCACCCAUCGGGACUGACAGUGCCUCUCAGUCUUGGGAUCCAGACAGCCCAGGUUCCCCCCCUCUGGGGUGCACCCAAACCAGCAUCACUUGUUGGGCAAGUGUCUGUAUUUGCCUCUGCCCCACCCCUCUCCAGAGGCUAAGGGGAGCAGGGUAGGGAAGGACUUUUGUCCUGCUUCUCUGCUCUGCCCAAGGUGACUGAAUCUUGCCCAUCAAUGGCAUAACUAAGCCUUUUUCCUCACCUGCCUGGUUCCCUGCUGGGAUAACUCCAGGGUACUGUUCUUCAGUUCAGCCUUAUAGCUCAGGGGAUCAACCUCUCCAAAUUCUCAUUAAGAAGACCCUGAAGCUCUAGGCCUCGGUUCUUCCUUGUACUCUUUGAAGGGUCCUCUUGCCCUUCACAAGUUUGGGGCACUGUUUUAGGGCCUCUUUCUGAGAUACAGUAGGAGCUGAGAAUUCAGUUCUAGGGAUGGAGAGGCCCUAGGCAGUCCUCUAGGAAAUUUCUAAUCACCAGUGAUAAGCAGCAGCUUUUUUUUUUUUAUAAGGAAGAGGAUAUUUUAAAUUCCAUGACUGAGCCACCCCUUCAGAGCGGGGGAUCUGAGGGAAGCUACCUCAACUCCCCUUGGUUCUCUUCGAUCAUUAAUGUAGUUUCUUCAGAAUAUGUUCUAUUCUUCUGCAAAGAGACUUCAGCCCUGAUCCAUCAACUUUUCACCAGAGGAAACAAGGUAAUCUCCCCAUGUUUUCCUUUUUCAACCAUUCUGCCUCUUUCCCCAGGACCCAUUCCAGAGAAGCAAAGAAAAAUCAGUCAGUUUCCUUCUUGGAUGAAAAGAAUGAAAUGGUUGGUCUUGCUAUAAAAAGGAACCAGAGUCCAGCUGCCAGGGCCCUGGGAAAUUUAAGAAAAGGCCAAAUUCUCAGGCUGGAACAGUGGUAGGUCCAGAUGAAAAGAAACUUAGUUUCUGCCAGCACAUAACCUCCACCAGGGAGUCCACUACCCUAGGGCUGGUUUCUACCUCUGCUUUUUUUAGCUCUUUCCCUUAUGGGUGCACUCUCAACCACACUUUUGGUGUGUUCUCUAAAGGACCAUGAGGUGGUGGUGCCUGCAUCUUGCCUGCAGUAGAUGGUCACUUGGCCACACAAACAAUAUCCAUACAUGUUUAGUGGGCAAGCUUCUGAAAAAGGUAGCAUGGUGGCUUCAAAAAGCAAUGGCUCCUCUGGCCUUGGCAGAGCAAUAAUACAGAAGGGAAGGGCCCAAGCUCCCUUCUGCUGGAUCACUUAGCUUAUGGAAUCUUCAUUGUCAGGGGAUGAGAAUCAGACAGCUUCUCUUCUGGGCCACAGGCCUCCCUUAGUUUAGUUUAAUCUCCAGAAAAGGAUCUUUUCAAAAUUCUUUUCCAGAAGCCAGUGCCUCCUUCCUCCCCAGAUGACUGUGGUUAUCAAAUCAGCUGAUGCAUCUCAGGCUCUUCCUGCCUCUAUUCUUCUAAUGGUGGCUUCUAGGAGCCCAAACUGGCCUUUGUUUCUUGGUUCAUUCUCCUCUCAAAAUCUUGAAUGUAGCUCCAAGACUCUUAGAAUGGCACCUUAACAGCCACCUAUUAAUGUUCCCACCCUUCAUCAAGGCAAGAUAAUUGUAAGUUCACCUUUCUUUGGUUAGGAAGUCAAUUUGAGUGUGGUCUGACUUAAGGAGACCAACAGUUAACUCACUGUUACAUCCUUCGGCAUUCAAGGUGGAAACUCGGGCUGCUGUUACCUCUCUUUUGGCUUCUGUUCACUGUUCUAACCCCCUCAAAGUAGUCCUAGGCCACCUGCCAGGACAGGAAGAGAUAUGUGGGCUCAUGGAAUGUUAUCACCCUUUUCUCUAACCUUUUUCCACACAGAAAUGAAGACAUGUUAGUAGGCGUUAUCUUAAAUUGCCCAGGCCGAGACUGUCUGAAUUCUUGGUCUGUUGAGAUGACCACUGCUGCUUUCACCAGAAACACUAUAUAGUUGGAGACUUUCCUUUAGAAAACACUAAGUCUGCAAUCAAAAGUAGAUAUUUUUCAAGUGUUCACCAGGAAAUCCUUAAGUCACUCAUCUCUUAGCUGUGGGAACUUUUGACUUCAGCAGCCAGAGUAAAUGAAAAAUAGAUCUGAGACAAUCACUGCCUGACUGCAGAACCUGCCGCUAUGGCCCUUCCCCCAAACCCCAGUUCAACUCUAAGUGGCUUUGGUAUUUGUUUAGUAUAGCACUUUUGAAAUGACUGUCCUACCUUUAAAAUGCUGUUGUUCCUGUUGGUUUUUUUAAGUCAGAACUGGACAACCUUCCCCUGACAUAUACCAAGAGGUUAAAUGAGGUUUGGGUGAGGCAUGACAGAGGCUCAGAGCUGGUAUUGCUAUUUACUGCCCCCAGACCCUGUGCUUGAAACUUCAGGCCCCAUUUUGGCAGUUUUGUUGGAAACCAACAGCCAAACAGUUGGAGAUUAUGCUUUGUACAAUCAGGCUACUUCCUGAUCCAAGGGAGGUCUAAGAUUGAUUUUCCCAUCUCUGCCUCAAAGGUCAGGUAGGCCCUUGGCUGAAAUGAGGGCCUCAUUCUUCUCACUAACCUUUUAAAUGGCAAUAUUUCUUUCUCCCCGAUUAGCACAGGCAAUGGAAGCAAACACUAAUUUUUAAUAAAAUCCUGUUACACCGUA